GAUUUUUUGCAGAGGAAACUUGUUUUGGACUAAAAUCUGUGAGGGAAGUUGAAUUUCUUUUUGGGGAACUUUUAGAUAGAGUAAUGUGGUUGGUUAUUGCAAAUUCUUGGAUAGAUAGGUAAAAAUCUGGACAUAUUGGUUCAGAUAGGAAAAGUCGGUUGAAUAAAAGUCUUCUUGUAGAGUAAGCUGAUCAUGUUCUGCGCCAAUGGAAAGGAGUGAACCAGCGUUAGUUCCAGAAUGGUUGAGAAGCACUGGAAGUGUUACUGGGGGUGGCUCUUCAAGUCCCCACUUUGCAACCUCUUCUUUGCAUUCAGAUGUUACUUUAUCCACACUGUCUUCUCGCAAUAGAUCUCCUAGGAGUGUUAGUGACAAAGAUAGCCCGCGUUCUGUGUUUUUGGAUCGCAGUUCAUCAUCAAAUUCUAGGCGUAGCUCUAGUGGUACUAGUUCGAAGCAUCCGUACAGUAGUUUUAAUAGAAAUCAUCGUGAUAAAAAUCGGGAAAGAGAGAAAGAAAGACCGGGUACUGUUGAUCUAUGGGAUCAUGACACAUCUGAUCCUCUGGGGAACAUCUUAGCUGGUAGAGUUGAUAAGAACAGCUUGAGGCGCUCUCAGUCGCUGGUGUCCAGGAAACCUGGUGAGUUCUUGUCCCGCAGGACUGAGGACUCGAAAGGUGGUAUUAGUAGCACCCAUAGUAGUGGCAAUGGUAUUCAUUCUGGGGGAAGUAGUACUUUUAACGGUAACCAGAAGGCAGCAUUUGAGAAAGAUUUUCCUUCUCUUGGGAUUGAAGAGAGGCAGGUAACCAGAGUUUCAUCACCUGGUUUGAGCUCAGCAGUCCAAAGUUUGCCAAUUGGAAACUCGGCUUUGCUUGGUGCUGAUAAAUGGACCUCAGCAUUGGCAGAGGUGCCUCCUAUAAUUGGCAGCAUCGGUAUGGGGAGCUCAGCUUCUCAACAAAGUGUUGCUGUAGCUCCAACACCUAGCGCUCUAAGUGGGACAGCUAGUCUGAACAUGGCUGAAGCAUUGUCGCAAGCACCGCCGCGCACUCGUUCCACCAUGCAGAUCCCUGAUAAGACACAGAGGCUUGAGGAAUUAGCUAUAAAGCAAUCCAGACAGUUGAUACCUGUGAUACCUUCAAUGCCUAAAGUUUCGGUAUCCAGUUCUGCUGAUAAAUCAAAGCAACCAAAAUCCAUAGCUAGGACAAAUGAGAUGGUUGGAAUAACUAAGAGUAUGCAACAACCUUUUUCCUCUCAACUUGCUAAUCAGGCUCGUAGUGGACAAGUCAGAGCGGAAACUCCAGCUACCUCUCAUGGCAAAACUCUUCUGGUUCUGAAGUCAGGACGGGAAAAUGGUGUCACCUCUUUGUCAAAAGAAGCAUCAACUCCAGCUAACAACACUGGCAAUAAACUAGCUAAUUGCCCUCCUGCAGUGGCUCCUUCAGCUCCUGCUGUGACCAGUCCAACUUCAAGGGUAACUUCCCUUGAAACCAAGGCUGCUGCAUUGUCACUGAAGCCACGGUCUACUGCAGAGAAGAGAUCUUCUCUGUCUCAAGCCCAAAGCAGGAGUGAUUUUUUCAAUCUAAUGAGGAAGAAGACUUCAAAUUCUUCUACUGCCCUUCCAGACUCUGGUAUGGCUUCAUCUAACAGUAGGGAGCAGUCUUGUCUCAAAACUAAAGAUGAGGAUAGUGCCUCUUUGAGUCCUUGUGUUUCUGAAAAUGGAAGUGAGAGAACCAGCAAUGGAGACCCUCAUGAAGCUCAAAACCAUGUUCAAAGACAUAAUGAUGUUGAGGAGAACAACUCGCCCAUAAAUGGAUCGGUAUAUCCAGAUGAAAAAGAGGCUGCUUUCCUACGUUCUCUUGGUUGGGAUGAAAAUGCUGUGGAAGAGGAAGGCCUGACAGAGGAAGAGAUUAAUGCUUUUUAUCAGGAGUAUAUGAAACUGAAGCCAUCCUUGAAGGUUUACAAAGGUGCCCAGCCAAAGUGUUUGAUGCUGCCUGAGUUGCACUUGGCUACUAAUCCUGGAACUGCCUCUUCCAAUUCGACUUCAUCUGAAUCUGAUGCUUGAAUAUAGUGAUUUCUCACCUAUAUGGGGGAUGCAUACAGUUUGGUUUGUCAAGAGAUACAUGUCUUUUUUUUUUUUAAUGGUCUCUUUUUGUUUGGAGGAUCUCUGAUGUAUCUGUUCACAAGUGGAGGGUGGCUUUUGGAAUUUUGAAGGUGCAGAGAAGAGAAAUAAGUUAGUCUGCUGCUGUCCUGCUGGCUCAAAAGAAAGCUAAGGUAGCGUUUUUAUAAGUAGAAGUUAGGAAAAUGUUAGUCUGCAGUGGAUGAUGCUGGGCAAAUUGCUUCUUUUUGGAAAAUUUUUUUGUGCUUUUCCUUUCCAGUGCUCAUUUGAAAAGGAAAGAGAAGGUUUUAAGUUGUUUUGGUCAAUUUUACGGGGAAGAAGGAAAAUUGCAAAGUUCAUUAUAGAAUUUUCUUUUCAGCCAAAAUCUCAUAAUCGCAUAGCUCAUGUUGAUAUCAUCCUAGCUAUUAUU